CUUCCGUCACCGCACACAUGGCCGCUGUUGGCCUGAGUUUAGCUGAGCAGCAGCGUCGAGUCCGUCUGUAAACACAGCUAUACCGUUGAUUCCUGAAAGGUCUGACCGGGUUGGAGCUGUUUGUCUCGGUAUGGUCUGGAUUAGCAGAGCCUGCUGGCGGAAGUAUGGGAACUUUGUGGAUAACCUGCGGCUGUACGUUAAAGGAGGGAGCGGUGGCAUGGGCUUACCCCGUCUGGGUGGGCAGGGUGGAAGUGGAGGAGACGUGUGGGUGGUGGCUAAAAAAGACCUCACCCUGAAGCAGAUAAAGGACAGGUAUCCCCAGAAGCGCUUUGUCGCUGGUGUGGGCUCCAAUAGCAGCGUCCGUGCGCUCAAAGGGGCGAGAGGAGAGGACGUACAGAUCUUUGCUCCGGUUGGGAUUUCUGUGACUGCAGACGAUGGAAGGGUCCUGGGAGAGCUGAACUGUGAAGGGGAAAGGGUUUUGGUUGCUAGAGGUGGUCAAGGGGGCUCUCUUCAGUCUGCAUUUUUACCCAGUAAAGGCCAAAUCCGUCAAGUCCGUCUGGACCUCAGACUCAUUGCAGACUUGGGUCUAGUAGGGUUCCCCAAUGCGGGUAAAUCCUCUUUACUGACUGCCCUGUCUCAUGCCACUCCUGCGAUUGCCAGCUACCCUUUCACAACCAUGAGGCCCGAGAUUGGGAAGGUCAUAUAUGAGGACCAUAAGCAGGUGUCGGUUGCAGAUCUGCCUGGCUUGAUAGAGGGCGCUCACAUGAACAGAGGCAUGGGCCACAAGUUUCUAAAGCAUGUUGAGAGAACGAAGCAGCUCAUGUUUGUGGUUGAUGUGUGCGGGUUUCAGCUGGCCAGUAACACACCGUUUAGAUCUGCUUUUGAGGCAGUGCAGCUGCUUACAAAGGAACUGGAGUUGUACAAAGAGGAGCUUCUGGCCAAGCCGGCCAUCCUGGUGGUCAAUAAAAUGGACCUUCCUGAGGCUGAAGAGAAGCUCAGAGACCUAGAGGCACAGCUGGAGAAUCAGGAGGAGCUGAGUCAGCUCCUGCCUGAGGACAUGAUCCCCAGCACUUUUCUCCAUUUCAAACACACCGUUCCUGUCUCCGCCCUGACCGGCCUCGGACUUCCCCGCCUCAAAGCCCUCAUCCGCCAGUCGCUAGAAGAGCAGGACGCCAUGGAAACUGAGAGCCGGCGUACAGAGAGACUGCAGGAGCUGAGAAGGGAGGUUCCUGUCGUUGCUAAGCCUGCCUGGGGGCGGCCUCAGUCAGCCUGGGAGCCCUCAUAGAGCCUUUAACUUGGAACUACAGCGGUAGAGGUGGGCAGUAUGGCAAAAAUGUCAAAUAUCAUGACAUUUUCAUGAUGUACAUUGGAACAGACACAAUACAUCAAUAGUGCAGCAUUUAAAAAUGGGCAUCUCCACAUCAGAGUCAGUUAAGCUCUCAUCAGCUGGGAAUCGAUCCUGUGAUUUCCUGUCAAUGGAGUGAAGCUGAAACAGGCCUGUUUUUAAAGAAGUGUAGCUGGUCAGUGUUGUGAUUGGGUGCUGAUGAUGUCCACGAUGCCCUCAGACUGGUGUGACAAAUCUUUGUGACAACAUAUUUCCCAACUUCUAUUUAAGGUUUAAAUUACAUUUAAAUUACACGUGAAACAGUAAUAGAUCUAAAAGUUACAAAUUCUGUAAUGACAUCUGGAUGUAUUUUCUCUGUAGAAUGGAGUGGACUUGGUGCCUUUUUGAAAUGAUUGAUGACCGAUGGUUUGCACCGUACUUUCACAUAAUUAACUAUUCCAACAGGAGUCUGUUUUGUUUAACCCUUUAGUUCAGUGGAACUAUAUUAAAGUUGGUCCAUGUCAUGCCUGUGUUAAGAA